UCUUGACACAGCGGGAAUAGAUGACCAAUAGGAGUGCUUGAUGGGCGGGCUUUUCCUUUCUACAUAGCGUACACCGUAGGUGACGAGCGAUCUGUUUUGCGUGAAGUAGGCGAGGUUGUCGGCACGGUAAUUUUAACGCAAAAUGUCGAAAGAGGCACCCCGAGAACCCGAGCAACUCCGUAAGCUUUUCAUCGGAGGCCUGAGCUUUGAGACCACCGACGAGAGUCUGCGGGAGCAUUUCGAGCAAUGGGGGACCCUUACAGACUGUGUGGUGAUGAGGGAUCCAAACACAAAGAGGUCCAGGGGGUUUGGUUUCGUCACCUACUCUUCUGUGAACGAGGUCAACGCGGCCAUGGAGGCACGUCCACACAAGGUGGAUGGUAGAGUGGUGGAGCCCAAGAGGGCGGUUUCCAGAGAGGAUUCGAGUAGACCGGGUGCCCACAUGACCGUCAAGAAGAUCUUUGUGGGCGGGAUCAAAGAGGACACAGAGGAGCACCACCUGCGGGAUUACUUCGAGCAAUUCGGCAAGAUCGAGGUCAUCGAGAUCAUGACGGACAGAGCCAGCGGCAAGAAGAGGGGCUUCGCCUUCGUUACGUUUGAUGACCACGACUCUGUGGACAGGAUAGUCAUCCAGAAAUACCACACAGUGAACGGCCAUAACUGUGAGGUGCGGAAGGCGCUCUCGAAACAAGAGAUGGCCAGCUCUGGCAUGAGCAUGAGGGGCCGUGGGGGUGGUGCAGGUAAUUUUGGCAGAGGUGGUGGUUAUGGAGGUAACGACUUUGGUCGCGAUGGCUACUUCGGUGGCCGUGGUGGCCGCGGCAGCUAUGGUGGCGGAGAUGGAUACAACGGCUUUGGCGGAGAUGGUGAGCUUUGUCCCGACUUUUGCUCCCGUGCCGAGUUGCUGCGAUGCUACGAGAUGUCUGAUGUUGCCGUGAAUAUCUCAGGUGGCUACAACAGCGGCCCCGGCUACGCCGGCAACCGUGGCUACGGCGGAGGCCCGGGUUACGGUAGCCAGGGCGGGUAUGGCGGAAACGGGGGAUACGACAACUACAAUAACGGAGGAGGGAACUUUGGUGGCGGAAACUUUGGGGGCAGCAAUUACAACGACUUCGGCAACUACAACAGCCAGGGCUCCUCUAAUUAUGGCCCCAUGAAAGGAGGCAAUUUUGGGGGCAGGAACAGCGGUCCGUAUGGCGGUGGCUAUGGUGGGUCCAGUGGCGGCGGCGGUGGUGGUGGUGGUGGCGGCGGUGGUUAUGGCAGCAGCUCUGGCCGGAGGUUCUAGGUGAUCUGGAGGACUCAGUACUUAGAAGGCAGCGAGGGAAGGGACAGGCGAGAUGCAGGUUAAACCAUAGAUCUGCUCAGCCAGACUCCACUGGCUGCUUACAGCGGUCUCACCAAGACACGUGCAAUAGCCAGAGCUCAUGUGUGUCUGCUGUCAAGCAGCAUUUUUAUAGUUGCUAUUUGUUUCUGUGAAAAGUAAGCAUUCCAAUACGUUUUUAAAUGUAGACCCUUUUUUGUUUGGCACCCCUUGUGGUGGUUUUAAUGUAACUGCAACCAAUCAAGUGGAAAUAAACCAUCUUUCCGUUUUUUUAUGA